AAAGCCGUGCAAAAAUGUUGUGUUCGGAGAGAAAGACUGUUAUUAUAUUUUGUGCAAUGGUAUUGGCUAUUUCAGUUACACAGGCUGAGACGAAUUAUUUGAAUAAGAAUAAGUUGAAUUUAGGCAAUAUCGUAAGGAAUUUAUUAAUAAAUAUGGAACGGAGUAAAGUUUGGGAUGAAAAUUUGCAUUUUGCGCUCAUUUUCUCUGAGUUUAUAAUCAAGCAAAAUAUGCGUUUUUAUGAACCUACUCGCUUCGAAAGUCAAUUGUAUGACCAGAUUUUGAAGAAAAUCGUAGCUUUCAGAGGCAAAAUAAUACGCAAGAACGGAAUGGGAAGAUUAUCUUAUAUUUUGCAGAAGAACGUAAUGCUCAUAAAGCCUAAACUUGUAGAGAAUCAGAUCAAUACGGAGUUGGAGUAUAGAUCUCUGGAGCGAAAUUAUGAAAGCCUGCAAAAUAUUGGAUUCCCGAAUUCCACAUUCUCAGAUUUCUGCCUUCUCCAUAUUAGUACCUUGGAUAACUGUAAUGACCUUGACGCGGGGUGUCUCUGGGUGAUAAGCUCUAAUACACCAACAUAUGGCUACCGUAGAAUGCACCAAAUUCUAAUUCUUUAUGUGAUAAUGCAUCAUAGCUGUGCCUCGCAUUUUGGUUCGCCGCUUGUUUAUGAAAUUCUCUCAACGCAAUACUGCUCGCAAGUUUAUCGUGAACAUAAAAUAUUAGCUAUGUCGCACUCCCAAGCUCGCCGAGAGUUGUAUAUAGAGCAAACUGCUUUGUGUGGACUCUUCGGCUUUAGUGAGUUUCUUAAUAUGGGAGAGGUACGGAAAAUUGUUUCGUGGGAUAAGUUUGGCAUUUGUCAUUGUGUCAGUGGAAUAACUGUUUCUCAAGAUUCGGACGAAACGGACAUUUGCAAGUGUGCCGAUCACUCGCACAGUGUGGCGUUAUUGCUUUAUGUGAAUGCUAUGCUGUUUUUGAAUUAAGGGACGUUCAUUUCAACUUAUAUUCCUAUGUGCGUAAGUACAUACAUAUACAUACAUAUGUGCAUAUGUAGUACAUGCAGCAGCACCACUAAAGUUAUCAAUAUAAAAUAUAUGCAUUAAAGAUAAUACAUUGAUGAAAUGAUAAUGAUUUAUGUGUAUCUUGUCUAAAAUAUGAAAUUUGUGUAUAACU